AUGAAAUUCAGAGGAAUGCCUGGAAUUAUCCGUCUUCGGCAGUUGGCAGUUAUUGGUGUCAUAACUGUCUCGAUCAUCUUUAUUUAUAACGGGUACUCAACACGCGAACUGAAUAAAGAAUUCGGGAGUCAACAGAAUAUACUGCUCAAAACUGGAUAUUUUCAAGAGGACGAGUUCGAUUUUAAAAUCGUCGUCAGUGGUCAAGAUGUCGAUCGUCAGUACAACAGUGGCUCAGUGAAGUCCAUAAGCAAUUCCGUUCCCAUCACGAAUUUGCAAAGCCAGAAAUGUGAGAUACCGAAGCUCGAUAUAGAUGGUGCAGAGGUAAAGGACUUUUUUUUCAAGGCUAAGCCGCUAGAAUGCAAAAAAAAUCCGGAAAAUUGGGUCUAUUUAGAUCAGAAUAACACAGUCCAGUAUAUUGAGAGGAGGAAGCGUGCAAAAUGUAGUGGAAGUUACGUUACCCGUAGAACUGAUCAAACAAAUGACCAUGAAAUGUUUUCUACGCUUCCUAUUGGUCAAUCUUUGUUGUCCGAUUUUGCUAUUGUAGAGUGUAGGGAUGGAAAUCUAAUGUGGAAUGGUAUACUAAUGGGUGUGGUAAGGUUGAAUGAUAAGCAACUUUUAAAAAAGAAUGCUACCCCAAGCCCCGAUAAUUCUGGCUUGAACGUCUACAUCUUAGGGUUUGAUUCGCUUAGUCAGAUGACAUUUAGAAGGAAAAUGCCAAAAACUAUAAAUGUGCUCGAAGAGACACUUCAUUCGGUGGUGUUGAACGGAUAUAAUAUCGUUGGCGAUGGUACACCGCAAGCCUACAUACCCAUACUCACUGCAUCGACCGAAGAGGAACUUCCACUUACAAGGAAGCGAUUUCGAGAAGCAAAUUAUGUUGACGAUGUGUACCCGUUCAUAUGGAAUAACUUCUCUUCUUCUGGAUAUGUUACACUGUACGGUGAAGACGCGUUUGCUAUAGGAACAUUCACCUAUCGAUUAAAAGGGUUUCGAAAGAAGCCUACCGAUCACUACCUCAGAACGAUUUUCAAGGAGUAUGAAGAGAAAUUUGGAGGAAAUUGUCUUGGCUCAGAACCUCUGCACAGAACAUGGUUUCACUACUCUCGUGAAUUCAUGAGGGUGUAUAAUGAUGUGCCGCGGUUCCUUUUAAUGCAUCAAAGUCUGCUGUCUCAUGAUGAUAUCAAUUUGGUUGAAGUAGAAGAUGAAGAUCUUGCUAGCCAUCUUUCAUCUAUGCAUAGAAACGGCGAGUUAGAUAACACGCUGGUCAUUUUGAUGGCAGAUCAUGGUCACCGUUUUGCAAAGGUCCGAGCGACACAUCAAGGUCAGCUCGAAGAGGUGGUCGAUAUUCAUCCCUUCAUUUUUGUAUUAAUUUCACGAUGA